UCCUCCUCCUCUAACCCUCGCUCUCGACCGUCUAAAGAUGCAGCAGCCACAGCACAGACUGACAGGACAGAAGCAAAGACCAAUCGCAAAGCGAGCAGCAAUUCCUCUAUGUUCCACAAGUCCACAGCACAGACCUCCGGUCGGUCUGCGGGGUCUAAACCCUCACACCCGUCUACAGACGCCAAGGCAGCUUCAUCUAAAACCCCCGCCCCCGAGACCGCACCCGCUCCUCCCUCUGCUCCCGCUGCCUCCGCCGUGGGUGAGGAGAGCGCGAAGGGACCGGCUCCUGAAGUCCUGCUCCAGUCUCUUCACAUCAACACGGCGACUGAGGACACGUCCUUCGCAGAGGGGGAGACGGGUCAGGGUUCAGAGGGGGAGAAACCAGGGAGGAAGGAAGGUGAGGAAGGAGAGGAGGAGAAGAAAAAUGAAGAAGUCAAGUCCUCUGGGGAGAACGGCCCGAGACCAGCAGACGGUCGGUCUGAGAGGCCGCAGAACCUGAGUGUGAAGACGGACCAGGUUGUGGUGACCGUGAUCCCUGACCGACCCAGAGACAGUCACUCUGCCAGUGACUCCGACUCCGACGGUCCCAUCCUGUACCGGGAUGACGAGGAGGAUGAGGAGGAUGAAGAUGAGUACCUGAACAGUGAGUCAUCAUCA